GCAACUAUUUGGAAUCUGAUAGUUUUGCUCACAGAUUUCAAAAGGCAAAUAUAGUACCAUAAUAAAGAUUAAUAAGAGACUAGUAUCUAUGAUUUCCCCUUGUCUCAUAACGUUGUGUAUAAUCUGGUACUCACCUUUUCUCGCUGCCCAAACCUCUUCACUCGAUGAAGAGUUCAUUCUCACGAAUUCCACUAAAAAGUCCCUUCAUAAGGAAAUUCAACCUCAAAAGCGGGAGGAAAAGAAUUCCAUCGUGCUUGAGAGCCCGAAUGAUGGAGGGACAAGUGACCUAGUUAGGCUUUGGAGGGCUGGACACUUAUCUCAUCACCAUCGACAUUUAAGAACUACUCAUGGAACUGUAAACAUUAUUGGAUGGGGAAUUCUUUUGCCCAUCGGAGUGAUAAUCGCUAGGUACUUCAAGAAAGUACCAUUGAAGGGAAAUGACUGGUACUCUCUUCAUGUUGUGUCUCAAUUAUCAGGCUUUCUUCUGGGCACAGUUGGAUGGGGACUUGGUUUGGCCAUAAAAAAUGCAGCUAAAGAAACCAGAAUGAGUACACAUGGGAUUCUUGGUACCAUAAUAUUUGCAUUCGCCGCAUUGCAAUUGUUAGCCUUAUGUUUGCAGCCAAAUGAAGGACAUGAACGUCGCAAAUACUGGGUGAUAUAUCAUCGUAUCAUAGGGUAUGCCCUGAUUGUUGUUAUUACAGCAAAUAUAUUUGAAGGGAUGAACAAUCAGAAUCCUGCAGCACUCAAAAAAUUCAGAUGGUUUUAUGGAGUUACAGUGGGGGUUCUGUCUUUCACUGCCCUGGCUCUUGAAGUCAACAGAUGGAUUAAUUAGAUUCAUCUACAUCUGGUUACUUUAAGCAGCCCACAAAUUCUUGAGGAUUGUUCUCAAUGCAUCUGUUUGUUCAUUUCUCCUUCCCCUGUUUCUGGAGGUUUUUCAUUCUAAAAUGCUGUCAAUAAAACUCCACCAUGAUCAUCAUUUGACUGGUAAGAAGGGGUAUGCC